GCGUAUCGCUCGCGCCAUGCACCCAUAGCACAAUUACAUAAUCAAUCGUGAUAAAACAAUUAAAACAAUCUGAGUGCCGUCGUGUAUCUGUAAGUGACUAUUCAGUGCAACAGCGGCCAAUGGAUUCUCUGUGUACAUCCAAGAAAUGAAACGCAAACGGUGUACGAGCACAUCAGGAGUGGUGUGGUGACGUGGUGCGGUUCAUCAUGAUGUCCGACGUGGCCGCCAUGCGCUACGUACUUUUCUGCCUCCUCUCCCUCUCGUUCGACAGAAACAGCGCGUUCGUUCUAGACAAGCAGAACCCGUACUCACAAUUUCGAAAAUGGAACGCCGGCCUCAACGGCACACUGGAACUUGAGUUCAAAACUGACCAGCCUAACGGUCUACUUUUGUAUACCGAUGAUGGUGGGACAUACGACUUCUUUGAAUUGAAACUUGUCAAUGGAGCGCUGCGGCUUCGGUACAAUUUGGGAGGCGGCGCGCAGAUCAUUACCAUUGGAAGCAACCUCAACGAUGGACACUGGCAUAAAGUUCAGGUGGCGCGGCGCGAUGAGCACACCUCGCUCACAGUAGACGGUAUCACGCAGAGCAAGACCUCGCGCGGCAAGGAGUUUGCAUUCGGCAAGUUUACCACCAACUCGGACGUGUUCGUCGGGGGGAUACCGCCUUCGUACAAUUCAAAGUUGACUACAUUGGCGCUCCCGUCGGUGAUCUUCGAGCCCAAGUUCCGAGGGUCGGUGAGGAACCUGGUGUACUCAGAUUUGCCUGGACAGCCGCCGCGGAGGCAGGAGUUGCGGCAUUCGCGAGAUUUGAAGACGUCUCGAGUAAGUAAUGGCAGCGGCGAUGCUUGCGAGCGGCGCGACCCGUGCCAGCACGGCGGCGUCUGCAUCAGCACAGAUGACGGGCCCGUGUGCGAAUGUCGUGAUGGAGACUACGAGGGCGCCUUCUGCGAGAGAGACAAAGCCCCUUCGGAGGCGACGUUCCGCGGGGCGGAGUUCCUCUCGUACGACCUCACGCAGACGGGAGGGGAGCCCAUCGUCAGCACUCAGGACGCCAUCUCGCUGUACUUCAAGACCCGACAGCCUAACGGAUUAUUGUUUUAUACUGGUCAUGAAGCCGAUUACCUGAACUUGGCCGUGCGCGACGGCGGCGUCUCCCUCACCAUGGGGCUCGGCAACGGGAAGCAGGAGAUGCACAUCAAACCCGCCAAGACAAGGUUCGAUGACCACCAGUGGCACAAGCUGACUGUGCACAGGAGGAUUCAGGAGAUUACACCGUUCACCAGCUUCUGCAGGGUGUCAGCAGUGGUAGACGAUGUGUACUCAGAUCAUUCGCACGUGGCUGGUUCAUUCACCUUGCUGGCUAGCUCACGAGCCCACGUCGGUGGAUCUCUCAACGCGCGCGCACUUCCUGGAGCCAGGGUGCAUACCAACUUCAUCGGCUGUUUAAAGAAGGUGGAGUUCUCGGCGGACACUCUUCGCCUGAACUUGAUCGACCUGGCGCGGACCGGCAGCAAGCUGAUCACGGUGACGGGACGGCUGGAGUACGCCUGCACAGCGACAGACUCUGCCGACCCCGUCACUUUCACCACCAGGGAUGCGCAUCUGAUCCUGCCGAAAUGGGAAGCGGUGAAGACGGGAACGAUAUCGUUCAAAUUCCGCACGAACGAGCCGAACGGACUGAUUCUGUUCAACAUGGGCGCUAAACCACCAAGGGUAGGUUGCACGGCUGAUCUGUUCGCCGUGGAGAUGCUUAACGGCUAUAUCUACGUGCAUGUGGACCUUGGGUCCGGAGGGGUGAGGGUCAGGGCCUCUCGGAGGAGGGUCGAUGAUUCACACUGGCACGAGUUCCUGCUGCGUAGGAGUGGUAGAGAUGGCAGAGUGACUGUAGAUGGGGCUAAUGCUGAGUUUAAAACGCCUGGUGAAUCCAACCAGUUAGAGCUGGACGGUCCUCUGUAUGUCGGAGGUCUAGGCUCGGAGUACUCCGCAUCACGCACUCCUCCUGCUCUGUGGACGGCGGCGCUGAGACAAGGGUUCGUCGGCUGCAUCAGAGACUUGGUAUUGAACGGGAAGCCCCAGGACUUGACGGCUUAUGGCCGACAGCAGGAUUCUGCGUCCGUCCGGCCGGCGUGCCACGUGCUGAUGAAGCAGUGCGUGAGCUCCCCGUGCCAGCGCGGCGGCGCCUGCUCCGAGGGCUGGAACCGGCCGCUCUGCGACUGCUCCGCCACCAACUACGGUGGCCCUACCUGUGGGAGAGAAUCAGCAACAAUCUACCUGAACGGCAGCCAGCAUCUCACAGCAGCCCUCGGCCCCGAGCACAUCACGCAGACCGAGGAGUUGAUGCUGAGAUUCCGAACCAAUCGAGCUGGUCUCCUGCUGCGUACUGCAUCUGAGAAUUCCGCGGAUCGAAUAGAACUGGCCGUGGCUGCUGGAAGGGUCAGGGCUAGUGUGCGGCUUGGGGAUAGGGAAAAGAACCUUCUAGCGGGCAACAAUGUGGCGGACGACACGUGGCACACGGUGCGGUUCUCCCGCCGGGCGUCGAACCUGAAGCUGCAGGUGGACGGCGCGCAGCCCGUGCGCGCCGAGACUAUUUUAGGAAAGGCGUCGACGUUAGAGAUUUCAACGUUACAUUUGGGUGGUCUUUACCACCCAGAAGAGGAGAUUCAGAUGACGUCAACACUGCCCAACUUUGUGGGAUACCUUCAGAAGUUUGUGUUCAAUGGAGUUAGAUAUAUAGACAUGACGAAAACCCUCGGUAUUGGGAGCGGUGAAGAAAAUAACGUUCUCGAUAACACGUCGAAUAUCAUAUUCAAUGGGAAAUUUGUGAAGCCUGAUUCUUUAAACGUAUACAAGUCUGUCACCUUCAAAUCGAAACAUACUUACGUUGGAUUGCCUUUGCUGAAAGCGUACGCUAACACUUAUUUAGAUUUUUAUUUCCGAACAACUGAGAUGGAUGGUCUUUUAUUCUACAACGGUGGGAAGAAGCAAGAUUUCAUUGCGAUAGAGUUGGUAAACGGUCAUAUACAUUGCGUGUUCAACCUUGGAGACGGAGUUGUGACGAUGAAGGAUAAAUUGAAGGCUUAUUUGAACGAUAACAGAUGGCAUACCGUGUCAGUGAGACGACCGACGCCGAAGAUUCAUACUUUGCAAGUGGAUGAUGAUUUGGAAAUGCACACGACGAGUUCAAACCUAAUGCUAGAGCUAGAUAGCGUUCUCUACGUAGGAGGAGUCCCUAAGGACAUGUACACCGCGCUACCCGUAGGCGUACUCUCGAGGCAAGGGUUCGAAGGAUGCAUGUCCAGCCUCGACCUGCCCGGAGAGUCACCGUCGUUGAUAGAGGAUGCUGUGGUGCCCAGCUCUUCCUUGGGGUCUGGGUGUGAAGGUCCGACGAAGUGUACGCACAACGCGUGCUCCAACAAGGGCGUGUGCGUGCAGCAGUGGAACACCUACGUCUGCGACUGCGACCUCACCUCCUUCACCGGACCCACCUGCUACGACGAGUCAAUAGCGUACGAGUUCGGUCCCGGGCGAGGCACGCUCACGUACACGUUCCCGCCGACGUCGGUGGCGGACACGGAGACGGAUAGAGUGGCGCUCGGCUUCAUCACCAGCAAGGCCGACGCCGUGCUGCUGCGCGUCGAGUCCUCCAACACGCAGGACUACAUGCAGAUGGAAAUUAUUGGUGGUAAUGUGUUCGCGGUGUACAACGUGGGCGGCGGCGAGCAGCCCGUGGGCGAGGAGGCGGUCAGAGUGGACGACGGCGCCUACCACGUGGCGAGGUUCACCAGGAACGGCAGCUCCGCGGCGCUGCAGCUUGACCACUACGCCGUCAACGUGCGGAAUCCGCAGGGUGGGCAGCAGUCCACUAUCUUCAACAGCAUGUCCCGAGUGAUUAUUGGUGGCAGUGGAGCUCGGGCCUUCAGUGGGCUGGUGGCAGGCCUGGUGGUGGACGGAGUCAGACCCUUGGACCUGGCUGCGGCUGGGGACCCCUCGGUAUCAGCCCGAGGUGACGCCAGGAGAGCUCAUACGCCACUUGACAGGGAUAUUAAUAGGAUGCAGCAGACUCCACCAUCAGGCUACGGAGGUCAGGGGCUGGACGAGCUGGUGUACUCCGGCGCAGGAUCGGGCUGCAGGGAUGAUGACGAGGAUGCCUGCGUGCUGCCUGACGCGGGCUCCGGUGAUGACCUCAUCACACCCGUCUACGUACCUUCCACGAGGAGACCUCCGUCGAAGAUCAACAAGGGUCUCAGCGGUAAGCUGAUGAAGCCGUGCGACGACGAGGACUGUAUCGAGGGCUCCGGCUCCAACGGAGAAGGUAUCACCGAGCCAGAACAACCUAUCACCACUGGUUCAUCAAGUAGCACACACAGCGCCACUCCCACGAGCACCAGCGCGGCGAGUACAGCCACUGGCUCGGCUACUGGCUCGGCCACUGGCACGGAGCGCGCCAGCUCAGUGGGCGGCAGCGUGGCCACCGACAGCGUCCACCUCGCCACCUCCCCGCCGGACCACGACAACAUGCACGCGGCCACCAAGGAGAUCGCCGCCACUACCGACACCAGGACUACGCCGUUGGACCACACGCACACAGCACACCAUUUCACACCGACCGACCAUUUAGAAGAGACCUCCCACACAACAGAAGAGGACACCAACCACAUACCAGAAUACGAGGACAGGCGAGACGAGAUAGAUGCACGCACACCCACUUACGAGAGCGGGAGUGAGCAGGACAGAGUGCCUGGCAGGGUUCACCCUGAUUACAAUGGGUACGAGCACGAGAUCACCACGAAAUGGUACCAUCCGAAGACCACUGACAACAGGGUGGUGCCGCCUGAAUCCGAGUUCUUCGCUACUAUUGUUGGUAUAGUGGCGUCGGUGCUGAUCGCGAUAAUCCUGAUAGUGAUCAUAGUGCUCAAGUACAUAGUGUUCAAGUUCGACCCCUCGUACAAGGUCACCGAGGACAAGGGCUACCAGCAGGGAGCCAGCGCCGCGCUGCUCGGCAACCAGGCUCACUCCAGCUACCAGAGCGGUGCCACGAUGUCGGGUCCAGCGCGUAACCUGCAGCCUCUCCCUCUCAACCGCGCCGCUCCCCCCUCCCACCCGUCGCACCCGCCCCCCCUCGCGCCCCUCCCCGCGCAGCCCAUCAAGCGGGACGGCAUCAAGGAGUGGUACGUCUAAACCAAACACUAUUAGGACUGGAGGCAGCGGAUAAGCCGAUGGGAGCUGAUUCAUUCAGGUGAAUUGGGUGAUUGUGAAUACCUGGAUGGUUAGUUUAAGACUUAAAAAACUGAUGAAUGGAGAAAAAAAAAUCAAAAUAAAGUAAAUUCAUAAUUAAACAGGAUUUUACACAGACUAUGAAAGUAAAAUGAAUUAAUAAACCUCCUCCACUAUAAGGUUCAAGAAUUACCACGUCCUUGAACUUUAAGACUACUCCUGCCAUCCAUUAUUCAAAAUCAAAA